CUCUCCGCGUCCCCCGGCGGGUGUCGGGCCCGGGUCCCAGUUCCCGCGGGCGCUGGACACCCUCGCGCUCCCGAGUGGCGCUCGACCGGCUCGGGUCUCCCCAGGUGAGGGGUAGAGUGGUCAGCUGUUUAAGUCAUCAAAAAAGUGGAUCAUAACACUUGGGAACUGUGCUCGGAAAAGGAAAAGAGUAUAAAAAUUUAAAAAACCCAGAGACCUGAAGGAUGGAGUUUUUGGAGGGUGGUGUAGAAGCAGCUUACAGUGAGGAUUCAGAAAACAAUAAUUGGCAAAUUCCCAUUAAUCACAAUGACUUCAACAUUUUAAAAAAUAAUAAGAGUCUGCUGCAUGAACUCCUCCAGAAUAAAUUUGACUGUGAGUCCACCCUGGUUUCUACAGUCCAGGAAGGUAACAACUCUCUACAAGUCUUCAGAAAAAUGCUGACUCCUAGGCUAGAGUUGUCUGUCUGGAAGGACGACCUCACCAGACAUGCUGUUGAUGUGGUAGUGAACGCAGCCAAUAAAGAGCUUAUACAUGGAGGAGGCCUCGCCCUAGCCCUGGUGAAAGCUGGUGGCUUAGAAAUCCAAGAGGAGAGCAGAGCAUACAUCCUAAAUAAUGGUAAACUACAAUCUGGUGAGACAGCUGUCACAAAAGCAGGGAGGCUUCCCUGCAAAUUGAUUAUCCAUGCUGUUGGACCUCGGUGGAAAGAGUGGGAAAGAGAGAGAUGUUGCUGUGUACUGCAAAAGGCUAUUGUGAACAUUCUGGAAUUUGCCACAAAGAGCAGGGAAAUUCAGACAAUAGCAAUUCCAGCUGUGAGCUCUGGGGUUUUCCAGUUCCCUCUGUUUUUGUGUACUAAGAUCAUUGUGGAAACGAUCCAUCAAUAUUUCCAGCAAAAACAACUGAACAGUUGUUUGAAAGAAAUUCACCUGGUAAGCAAUGAAGAUCCUACUGUUGCUGCCUUUAAAAAAAGUUCAGAAGAGAUCCUAGGGAAGAAUGAACUGGAAUCCUGGAUGAAUCAAAAAGGAGUCUUGGUUGUAAACAACUUUACUCUGCAGGUUGUCCAGGGCUACAUUGAACAGCAGGAGACAAAUGUAAUUGUUAAUUCUGCAAAACCACCUGGUAAUCUUAAACAUGGACCUGUGUCAACAUCAAUUCUAAAACACGCAGGAAAAGAAAUGGAAAAGGAGUUUAAUAAGAAAAUGGCCAAGCUAACUAAAGAUAGUCCACUGGUUUUGGUCACAAAAGGAUUUAAAUUACACUGUCAUUAUAUAUUCCAUGUGUUGUGGAAUUCACAACAUUCCAAAACACAGAUGUUGAUGAAUGCAGUGAAGACUUGUUUGUCUAAAUGUCUUGAACUAGGUGUAACUUCCAUUUCCUUUCCUGCCCUUGGAACUGGAACUGUUAUUCGUAUGGAGAUGGCUACAGCAGCAGAGAUCAUGCUUAAAGAAGUCAUAACAUUUGCCAAUCAGCAUGUGAACAAAAAGUUAACUAUAAAGUUUGUGAUUUUACCAAAACAAGACCUAUAUACGAUUUUUAGUGCUGAAAUGGAAAAGAUUAAGCACAGUCCUCUGAGUUUCAUCAGUCAAAAUGUCUCCCAGUGGACCAGAGAGAGAAGAGAAUGUGGACAGAAAGCUACAUCUCCUGCCAUCAGUCUGAUGGGACUCAACCCGGAGAAGAUGGCUGAGGCCAAACAGUGGAUCCUAAGGAUGCUCUACAACCAGGGCAACCAUGUCAUUGAGAAUAAUCAUAUCUUCUACUUUGGGAAGAAGGAACAUGACAACAUUGCUCAGUUACAGAACACCACAGGAGUCUCUAUCACAGAGAAUGUCAGCUCGGGAAAGGCAAAGUUAGUGAUUAAAGGAGCCCACGCUGACAUCAUUGAGGUGAUUAUGAAAAUUGAGUAUUUGCUGUGUCAAGUUCAAGAGGCAAUGGCAAGAAAAAAGGAGCAGGCCCUUUGGAGCUUGUCAGGAGGGGUUGAUCAGCAACCAAGGAACCAGUUUGAAAUGAAAGAAAAUGAAUUUCUGAAAUGUCUGAAACUUGAAACUGAAGAAAUUCAAGAUCAAAAGAAACAAUUUGAAAAGUGUGGUUUUCAGGUUAUAAAGGUAGAGAAGAUAGACAACAUGGCUCUCAGGUUUGCCUUCCAAAGAAAGAAGAUGAUGAUGGAAGGAGGAAUGUGUAGGUCACCUUUAAGCCUCAGGUUGUUUCAGCAAGUCCCACACCAGUUCUGCAAAGUGGUAUCCAGAGUCGGCUUUCAAAGGACUUACUCGGCAUCCUUUGAUUACAAAUUUGGAACUGGCAUAUACUUUAGCAAAAAGCUCCAAAAUCUGUCACGCCAGGUAAAGGAAACACCUACCACAGAUAAGCUAAUCUAUGUGUUCGAGGCUGAAGUACUCAUCGGCUCCUACUGCCAGGGUCACCACUCAAAUAUUGUUCCUCCACCAUUGAGUCCUGGAGACUUUGAGAGUCAUGACAGUGUAGUUGACAUGGUUUCCAAUCCUGAAACCUUUGUUAUUUUUAGUGGCACGCAGGCUAUGCCCCUGUAUUUGUGGACUUGCUCCCAGGCUCAUGUUCCACCACAGAACAUGAUGCUCUCUUCCCCAUAUUCCUGGAGGAACUCAACUGGCAGCUCAGUUGAUUAAUCUCCACAUCAUUUUAACAGCUGGCAUCACUGUGCUUUUGAGGAACUAACCAAAUAAAGACCAUCAGUGAUUUAGAGAAUGGCUUAUUUCAGACAGACUUAUUGGGUUAUUGAAGAAACCAACCACAUACUAUCAUCUUAAUGCUUUCAUUUUUGUCUUUAUCUUUUGGAGUUGGGGUGGGUAGAUACCAUCUAAAACACCCUCAUGACCAUUCUUUUUCAGAUUGUUCUUUCGUCUCUUUUACUAUAGGGGACAAGAAAUAUUUCCUAUGUAAUAAAGAUAUUUUUGUGUUUGUAAUUCAAGUCUUUUUUUUCCUAAAAUGAUAAUAAUGCGACAUAUUGGGG